AUGCCAAGCAUGUUCGGCAAAAACAAUUCAAAAAUCAAAAGACCCCUAGAAAACAAAAGUGCAAAAAACACUGACAAAAUGGAUCUGAUCAAAUCGAUCAACUCUUCAGAAAUCCAAAUCGGAGACGUGAUUAUUGUGGAAAGAAAUUAAAUUGCCUCCUGCGACAUUCUGGUGUUAUAUUGCAGUGAUGAAAUUUAUACUGUCUAAAACCAACUCUGUGGCUACUCAGACAAGACUAUAAGAAAGCCAUUAAUUCAGAACAAAUUUGACUCACAUAAUUUAGUUCUAUUCAAAAAGUCUUUUACUGGAACGAUACAUAUAACCGAAACCUCAAACAGUAUGCAGGGCUACUUGUAACUAAAGAAAGACCCACAAUCCUACAUAGUGCAAGACGAUAAUUUCAUAUUCGCAUAGGAGAAAUUGCUCAAUACACCAUGGGUGAUUGGAGUGGUAAUUAAGGUCGGAUUGAAGUGUCAUUGUUAUAGGCACUUUCAAAUUAAACCUCAAGUACCCAAUUACCCUUAAGAUCUGUUGCUUACUCUUGUGUUUAUUUAAAUAGCACUCCUAAUUAUAAUGUACAUCAUAAUCUCUCAGAUUGACAACGUGAAUUAUAAUCUAGAUCUAAUGCAGCUGAUUUUUGAAAGCCUCAUGCAUUUGACAUUUCUCCUGCCGAGCAGUUUUGCCUUCUAUUAUUCGAUUGCCGCUCUCUAUCAAUAAUAAAUGAUCCAGAAAAUCAGUCGCUUGGACAUCAAAUAAAUUAAGGACUUUCAUCCAGAGCAAUAUUACAAUAUAAAGAGAAUAUCCAUGAAUCUAGACAGUCUACUUGAUGGGAGUUUUGAAAUCAAAAAUAUAAUAUACAAGAACCAAAUCUGCUACUGUAAAGAGUCAGAAUUGAUGCUUCAAGCUUAGGAGGUGGCUUCAUCCCUCAAUAGUCAAAAUCUAUUUAAGACUGCCUACUCGAAGGAAGACUCUAAGCCUGAGAUCUAGCUAUCCAAAAAUAUACAAAAUAAUACUUAUAAUGCUGGAAAAUAUUAAGAAGAUGAAAUAAUCAGUGUAGGUGAAGAUGAAGAUGACAUCGGAGCAAAUAUGCCUUAAUCCAUUGAAUUUAGAUUAAUCAGCAAUUUUACUAACCUAACUCAGUAAGAUGUAAAUAUUGUGGUUUAACCACUGAACGCCUCUGAAAGAAGCGAAUUCCACCCAAAAUCAACGAAUAGAAUUCACCAAUCCAUUCAUAUCAGGAGUCUUAGGCAAAUUGCUAUGAAGGAUAGUAGAAUAGAUAGAAAGUCGAUAAAUGUAAAUGAGAUGAUAAAAUCUAUCAACACCAACAAUGAAAAUCUGUCGUUGCUCUAACUAAGUUUGAAUCAAGUCUCUUAUACCAAGUUAAUAACCACAGCAACAGGAGAGGAAAAGCUUAAGAAUACUCACGUUAAUAUUUUAGAUGAGAAGUAAAUUUAAAUUGCAAAAUCCUUUGGGGUUGAAUUAGUUUGUGUAAACAAAGUUUAAAACACCCUCACUUACAUUAUUAAAUAGAAUCUGUAGUUGUACUCUUUCAAGUUGAUUGAUAUGUAAAUGCACCGUCAUCACUAGAGAUUAUACAUGUUAUUUGAAUUGGAUCCUGAACACGAAAAACUACUAGAUGCUCCUUACAUCUUAUUCAUUAGGGAAUCUAAUAACAAAGUACCAGAAAUGAUUGAUGAGUUGAAGACUGGAUUAAGAUCCUCACUCCCUAUUAUACCAAAUCAUGAUAAUGAGUAAAUACACUAAAUCCAUUACUUUUAUUGUUUACUCAAUCAUCAAGAUGCUGAGGCAUAUGUUAGUUAAUAGGCGACGUCCCCGUAAAACACACUUGAGACAGAGGAAAUUAUUUAUAAUUCAUUAGAGUCAUUAUAACUCAAUAUCGUAUUGGGAUUCAAAUAUAAUUUAAAACCAUAAGCCUCUGACUUUAUCAAGAGUGUUGAAAAAUCUUAAUAACAAUUAUUCUUAUACACUGAAUAAUACUUUGCAUUUGCUAAUUCGAUACUUUCUUAGACUGAUAUACAACAUCAUAAUAAAUUUGUGUUUGAGUAAGACAAUGAGGAAGAUCUUAGAGCGUAUUUUAAGAAAUCUUUACAAUAAUUUUCAUAGAUCUUUUAAGAGCAGCAACCUAUGUUUGGUUCAUAGAUGCAUUCUCUCAAGCAAUUGCAAUUAACCAAUGCUAAUCCUUCAAUGCUCUCAAAUAAGAAAACCUCUGAAGAUUUUCAUAAUACUUCUUCUCUAGUUGUGAUUCUGAGCAGCUAGGCGUUUAAAAUUAUUGAAAAUAAUAGUUACAUGAUCAAUCAUCUUAAACUACUGCUUAGCUUCUCUAAAGUUACUCUUCUAUAUGAUGCUAAUCCAUCAUCAUUAGAACAUCUCUAAAAAUGCUUUGAUGGUCCCAACAUGACUCUGAAUCUGAUAUUUGAAAAUCAAAGUUUACUGAAGAGUUACUAGGGAUAUCAUCUUUAAGUUGCCUUGUUAUAAGAAUUUAGUUACUUUCAGCAAUUCAAAUACGACAACGUGAACAAGUAAACCUUCUUUAAGAAAAUGGUACAAUCAUUGAAAGUGAGACUAGUAUACGAAGGAUGUACAUAUUAUAAUAGUAACAUUUAAGGUUUAUUUAAUGAAUUAUUGAUAUUCCACAAUUCAGAUGCCAUACUGUAAGGAUUUAAUGAAUUGAAUGAAUUUCUGUUCUACUAUGUGCCCUUGUUGAAUGUGCUAUCGAAAUAUUAGAUUAGAAUUGCUUUUGAAAGAACUUUGUUCUCCUCUUGUUUUGCUGUAACAUUUUAUAUAGUGAAUGUUGUCCAAUUUAAUCCGCAAUUCAAUAUCAUUCUGGAAUUCAUAUUUUACUCCUUCUUCUACACUUUAAUCAUCUACAUUUUGGCAACAAUUGAGUUCAUUUCAAUUUACAAGAAUUACAAAACAGAUGUCCACCAAUAAAAGGUAAUAGAGAGUUACAUCAACAUGUCAAAGAAGUAGCGUUAUUACUUUUACUUCGGAAUUAAAUGUAAGUCCUUUCAUUUAUCAUUAGCCAUCCUCCAAGGACUCCUGACUUAAUUAAUAUUCUCCCAUCAAUCGAAACUCCAGACUGCUGAUGUAGUAAUAGUGUAUACAUUUCUAUCGAUUACUGUCAACGAUGCAAUAAAUACGAUUGUCAACAUGGGACUAAUUGUGAUGUCGAGUAUCGCAUAUGUAAUAUGCUUUUCCUUUUACAUUUUGAUUCACUUUACAAUUAUGGCUCCCAACUCCUAAUUCACCUUUGAGAUAUCAAAUCUCUUCGAAAUCCUAUUAACCAUAUUCGUGUUGCAAAUCUCUGAGUCAUGGUUGUAGUACUUCGCUAUGUUAUAGGUGCCUGACAUGGACGGAAGGUUUUAGAGAAUCUAUAACUAGUUCAAUCUCUACAAAAGCGAAAGCUAUUACAGACAUCACUUCCUUCUAUUAUUACAAAGAGAAAUCAAUAGGGUGUUUGAGAAUUUCGAACAAGUCGAUCUGAACCUCCAAAAAUUAUUACUAAAUAGGAAGACGUUGCCUUAGUCGUUGGGAACAUGGCAAUCUCAAGUGUUCCAGAAGGCCUAAUCGAUUAUGAAAUGGAGAAAGAAGUCAACGAUUUAAGGAUUACAAUUAAUUUGUUUUCACUGUUAGAUGCUAAUAAUAAUUUACUCUCAAUCAGGUGACACCUAUUAUUUCCUCAUAAUCUACAUCGUUUACCUCAUAAUUUAAGUUUUGUUGUUUUGGUUCUAAUUAAUAUAUAAAUUAAACUCUAGACAAUUGCAAUAUUUAGAAGUCGUUAAGUUUAUGAUUUGCGGAGCUGCUACUCUGAUAACAAUAAUGGGCUUAUCGAUCACCAAUAUGAAUUCCAUAUAUCAUCCUUUUACUGAGUUGCUGGUGACCUUUUAAUUAUCAAGCAAAUUGCACCCCAUAUAUGACCAUAGAUUAUACUUGAUUCCCACUGUGGUUGUAUUGAUUGCCUACUUCAUUAUAUUAAUCGUGAAAAUAGAGAUAGCUCCCUACUUCAUAAUCAUCAAGAUUGUCCUGAUCUUGUUGUUCUCUGUCUAGCAGUACGUCAUUAAGAGUUACGUAAGAAGUGUUUCAGUAUUUUAGUUUAUUUUGUUGGAGGAAGAUCAAGCCACCAAUUAGAUCAACUUUAUUGAGGAGAACAACAAAAUCCACGAUAUCCUGGGCAUACUCCUACCCAAGUUUAUUAGACAUCGCUUAAAUGAGACUGAUGAGUACAAUAUCCAUUAGAAUCAAGGGGAAGUGGCCAUUGUUUUUUGUGACAUAUGCAAUUUUGAUCAAGUAAUAAUGGAAGAACAGGAGAACAUCGUACAAUUCUUAGAUGAUUUAUUCAGAACCUUUGACAAAUAUUGCGAAUUUUGUGGAGUUUAGAAAAUAGAAACUGUGGGUAAGACUUACAUGGCUUCAGCUGGUCUCAAGGCAUGCGAACAAGAGUUGGUCUACUUGUCUGAAAUUUAACCAGUUUAAAGAGCCUUGAAUCUGGCUGAAAUGAUGAUGAUUUAUAUCAGAUCCAAACUAUGGGGUAUUAAUAGUUAGCCAUUGGUGGGUAAAAUCGGGAUACAUUAUGGAAGAGCAAUAUCCGGAGUAAUUGGAUUUCAUAAGCCUCAAUUUUCAUUGAUUGGAGACACUAUCAAUACCACGAGUAGAGUGUGUUCAACUGGAUAAGAAGAUAAAAUUACCUUAUCGGAGAAGGCCUUUGAAUAGCUGAAUAAUGAUAAAAUAGAGUUUGAGGUCAGGUAUGUCGAGAUGAAGGGUUUAGGUUUGAGGCCUACAUAUGUGUACCUUCAAAAACUAAAUCUCAAGAAUAGUAUUUCAAAAGCUGAUAUCAGUAAUAAUUCGAGCAAAUAAAAUACAAUUAAUAUCACAAACAGAGUGAAAAGUUAAUCCUUUUAAAGAAAUGGUCUGAAGAAAAGAACAGUUGCUCUAUAGGAUCACUUAGCGUAACGUUCAAGACCUAUUUUGUAAUUUUAAUUAUCUUGGAAUUUCUAAUAACAAUAACAAUAAUAAUCACAAUUAUGGCAGAAUUCACAAUCUUUAACAGAUGAUCAAAAUGUUAAAGGAUUAUAAAAGUAGCUCUCAAAUUGUAAUUUAAAUCAAGUCAACAAUUUAAACAUUGGGGAAACUGAAAAUGAUGAAAAAAUUAGUUUGAUUCCAAAUGCUUCUAAAACUGGCCAAUUGCAAAACUUAGAGAGUAUGAUGCAACGUAAACUUCAUUUUGAAAAGUAUCAACCAGAGGUAGAUCAUUAUAUUGAUUACGAUUAACUGCUUAAUGUAAUUUUAUUGAAAAAUGAAACUGGAGUUGAAGAAACCACUAUUUUGGAGAGUUCCUUUACGGAAUUACUUCAAAAAUCCUACUAUUAAAAUUAGAAUAAUUAUUUAGAGUAUCAUGAUUAUAUAUAUCAGCAAUCGUAGACUCUUACUAAUAAAAUAAUACAAAUAUAUUCCUUGUAUUAUUUGAUCAAAUAGUUUUGUUUGAUUGGUGACUAUCAUGUGAUAUCAGUCCCAUUGAUUAUACUGUAGUGGAUAGGGUGUGCCCUAAAUUUGAUAUCUCUGAUGAUAUAUAGGAAGAAGAUUAUAUCUUAUUGGAUAAUGCUGAUCUAUUUGGAAUUGAGUUUUUAAUUGAUUAUUGGAGGACUCUUUAUUAUUUUUGAUGUGAAUAGCUUCUUAAGUUACUUACACAUUGUUGAGAUGAUUUUUAUACAAUCUUUCUUUAGUAAUAUUCAAUUACUUCACUUUUGGAUUAAAAUAUUAUUUUGCAUACUUAGUUUCCUAUUUGAGGCACUCAUUUUAAUAUUUAUUGAUGAAUACAGGAUUUCUCUAUUUUUCGUCUUUGCUGCAGUAAUCUACAAUAUCAAUUACUCGUACUUUUUGGAGGAACAACAAGUGGCUUGUUUUAAUUAAAAAAAUAUAUUCUAGAGUCAGCAAGCCAAAGAAUCCCAACUGUUACAAUAUUUGCUUCCGAGACAUAUUUUAUAAACAUUUUUUGAUGAUAAUACCAGAGCAAGAUGUUUGAGUGAUAAAAUCGAAGAUGUCACCAUUUUAUUUGCUGACAUCGCUGGAUUCACUGAGUAUUCAAGUAAAGUGACUGCUGAGUAGGUGUUAUUGAUGCUGAAAAAUCUAUUUGUUGAAUUCGAUAGGAAGUGUUAUGAAUUAAAUGUUUACAAACUGUAUACUAUAGGGGAUUGCUAUGUUGCGAUUGGAAUGAUAGACUUCAAUGAUAGGAAUCCUACUGAAGAAGCCAAGAACAUUGUGGAUUUGGCAUUUGAAAUGAUUAGAAUAAUUGAAAUAGUUAGGAAAUAAAUUGAUUUUGAUGGGUUGGAUAUGAGGAUAGGCAUUCACACAGGCUGUGUUUUUGGAGGAGUGAUGGGGACUGACAUUGUGAGAUAUGAUAUUUAUGGUCCAGAUGUUCUCAUAGCCAACAAAAUGGAAUCGAAUGGGAAAAAAGGGCAAGUGCAUGUGAGUGCAGCAACUAAACAAUUGCUAUAGCAGGAUUAUGAAGACAAGUACUCUUUUACUUUCCACACAAAAGUCACCUUGUCUUCAAUUAACAGAAGUAUUGAAGGCUUCAUCAUAGAAAGUUUGAUUGAAGAUCAAUACCCCUCGGAUUAGAUCAUUGAUCAUUAGAUCGAACCUUUGCAUUCAGAACAUUGA